AUCGUGUUUAAACUAGAUAGAAACACAAUUUGAAGUUUGAAACAUAAGGACUUGCUUAUUUAAAUACGAAAUUCACGACGUCAACACAACACAGGUAUACUAACUAGCAGGCAUCAGCUACUUCUUCACGAAGCCCAACCCAACCAAACCAGAUGGUGUCCUUUAACCAGAAUUAUAAUGAUAUUUUCAUGCACCAUUCGUCUGAUGGAGACCCUGAAUUCAGUCCUCGAAUAGGUCAUGCAUACCAGGCGGAAAUUCCUUCUGUCAUUGCAAAAUCAGACCAGCUUUCGCUUCGAAUGAAUCCUGCUGAUUCAGAAGAUGUUCACGAUAAAUCACUCUCCUUUUCAAUUGAUUUACCCAUCUCAGACGCAUGGAGUGAUGCUGAUACAAAUAGUUUUGUACUAGGUUUGUUUAUUUUUCGGAAGAAUUUUACUCAUAUAAAACAAUUUAUCGAGAACAAAGGGAUGGGGGAAAUGCUUUCAUUUUACUAUGGAAAGUUUUACAAAACUGAUGGAUAUCUUAGAUGGUCGAAGUGCAGGAAGAAAAAAGGGAGAAAAUGUAUGAUAGGACAUAACCUUUUUGCCGGACCGAGGCAACAUGAACUAUUGUCUCGCUUGAUUCCUCAUGUCUCUGAAGAAUCUCAAGAGGCUCUGUCACAGAUUUCAAAGUCGUUUAUGGAGGGCGGAACUUCUCUAGAAGAUUACAUAUCUUUUUUGAAGUCUACUGUUGGACUUGGCGUACUUGUGGAAGCUGUAGGUAUUGGUAAGGAGAAGGGAGACCUCACUAGGCUUGGCAUGGAACCUGGGAAGGACGUUGAAGCGUUUCCAGCACCAGCUUGCAAAUCUUUGUCUUCUCUUGGACUUAGUGAGAUAAUUCAAUAUUUGACAGGAUUUCGGCUGAGCAAAACCAAAAGUAAUGAUCUCUUCUGGGAAGCUGUUUGGCCCCGCUUGCUGGGAAGAGGUUGGCACUCUGAGCAACCAAAGUAUCGAGGCUAUGUUACCUCCAAUGAUAAUCUGGUUUUUCUUAUUCCUGGUGUUGAGAAGUUUUCAAGGAGAAAACUUGUGAAAGGUGACCAUUACUUUGAUUCUGUUAGUGAUGUCUUGAGAAAAGUAGUUGCUGAACCGAAUAUUCUCCUGCUCAAAGAAGAAGAAGAAGAAGCCAAAGUUGGUAGCUGCAAUGAGGAAGAGCCAGAAAAUGGAUCAAAUGAAGAUGAUUUGUCUGACGAUCAUCGUCAAUGUUACCUCAAGCCCCGGUCUUCUACUUACAGUAAAGAUCAUAUCAAAUUCUUGGUUAUUGAUACCAGUUUGGUGCAUGGUGGAAAGUCAUCUGCUUUAAGGGAAUUGAAAUCUGUGACUAAAGUGGAGGUAGAUGUUGGAUGUAAAAAAUAUAAAGGGUUUAAAUAUACGAGGAAGGUAAACCAUAGCAAGGAUGCGCCUAAAAGCAUUAAACAGAAGUCGACAAAGUUAACAGUAAUUGAUACCAAUAGAUAUUCUGAAGGAAAACUAUUGAAGCUGAAAGCGAAACAAUUGAAAUAUCUGCCUGUUGAAUUAGAAGAUGCUUCUACGAUGACUACUAGUCUUCUGAGAGAAAGUAAGGGUGGCUCUUCAAUUGAUGAUUCACCAAGGAAGGUGGAAGCUAAGAGGCUGAUAUGUGACAAAAAAAAUAUCAACAAAACCGAUGGGUGCAGAGGUGUAUCUAACAGUGGUGCUGCCAGUAAAAAAACACAUGAUAAUCUUGAUAAUAAUCGAUUGACGAGGAUCAUAAAACAUCAAUUCAAUCAGAGAGUAAGGUCAGGUGAUUCUAAUCAUGCAGCCGUUCCUAUUAAACGGAGGAAAUUGACUGCUUGUGUCAAAUCAGAGAAAAGCCGCAUUGUUGAGAAUUCUUCAGGAUGUUUAGGCUUCUCUCGGUCUUCUAGCUUUCUAGAUGCAAACCAAAAUGUUUGCGGUCCAGUUAGUCAUCAGCAGAAUGAAAAUUCAACUUCUUCAGCAGACAGAAGUGUGGAAGAGGAUGACAGAAAAAGCAUUAUCAACAACAGCUAUCAACGCACGAGUGUUUCUUGUGUUAAAGUUGAAAAAUCUGAAUCUUUCACCUUCAACAUACCUCAGGCACCAUCGAAGUCUGAAAAUAGCAAAACAGUAGCAAUGGCAGCCGAAAAUGAGCAAGGCCUAAAGGCAAAAGAUCCAUGUCUAACAUCUGCUUCUCAGGAAGUAGUUCAGGAGCCUUUGAGAAUCCCUUGUGAUGUUGGUUCUUUGGAACAACAGCCUGAUAUGAAUCCGAGGAGACAGAGCUCUAGGAACAGACCCUUAACCGUUAGAGCAUUGGAAUGUAUAGCAAAUGAAUUCCUGCAUGUGCCAAAGAGACAGAAAAAGAAAGACAUCCAGACACACCAAGAUCCUUUCAAUCCUUGUCGCAAGGCUCGUACAUGAGGCAAAAUAAUGCUGCAUUAUUGUUGUUCAGAUCAUGGGACUACAAUUUUAGCGCAAGAAGAAAAAUAUUUCAAUGGAGAUGGUAGUGUUAGCUAGAUAUUUGUGCCAAUUGGUUAAGUUAAAGAGUAGAAGUCAAUAGUUAUUUUCUUUUAAGAUACAUGCCUCUGUCAUCAUCAUGGAGUUUUUGACCUUUGAAAACAAAAUGGUUUAGAAUGUACUGAUGGUUGUCCUACCUGACUUUAAAUUGUGUUCUAAGGCUGCCAGAUGACUAGACACAUUGUCCAUAUUUUUUUGGUUUAUUUUGAUUUCAAAAAAUUUAUUUUCUUUUCUUUGGUAUGGUAUGUUUAUUUUAAAAUCAAAAUGUCGUCCAAGUGGAAGAAUGUUAGAAA